AUGCAACAGUUGAGGAGCAGCCAUUUCUAAUUAGGUCAAACCGAUCAAAAAAAUCAGUUCACUUCAACCAUGAAAAUGAAUUUCAAAGGAGAUAAAGUAAAUGAUUAAGCCACUGGAGUUGGAGACAAAUUGAAUUUAAGGGGAGUUCAUUUUCAUUUGGGAGAGUCGAAACCUUCCUACAACACAAUUUUCAAGACUGAUUUUUAAGGCAAACAAAUAGGUGAACCUGCGACCUUGAAUGAAGAAAAAAAAAAUGACUUAAGAACAAAUCAUUUUGUCCUCGGUCAUCAAUAGGCUUAGCAAGUAUCAAUUACAAGGGCAACAUAUAAUGAAAAACCGCUCCAACCAGGAUUAUAAAAUGAACAAGAAAUACAAAAAAAUAAAAUGAGAUCACAUCAUCACAAUUUCGCAGAAAGUUCUCAUAAAAUGAUGCAAACUAAUUAUAACUAAUAAUAUCAACCUCAACAAUUAGAACCAAAACAGGAUUUAGCAGAGAGAGCAAGACAAUUAAGGGUCUCCAAUAUAUUUCUAGGCAAGGAGUAAGUCCCCAUGAUUACAGCCUAACAAGAAGACUACAAUAAGAAGGAGGGAGGAGCUUAGGCCUCCUUCAAACCAGGAUUUUAAUCAACUCAUUUUAACUUUGGUAAUGCAAAUGCUGAUUUCAAAACCAUGAAUCAAGAAUUCUUUCAUGAACAGGAAAUCACUAAAAACCAAUUUGCUGAAGAGAAUAGAUAAAAUCUAAGAGCAACUCAUUUUACACUUGGUAAAGAUAAUUAACCAUAUCAAUCUGAAUAAAUGUCACAUUUCAGACCACAUUCAGAAAAUAAAAUUAAUUAUAUCAACAACACUCCUGCUCUACAAGGAAGUCAUUUUACUAUUGGGGAUCCAAGAUUUAUGAAUCAUAAGACUUAAACUUUCUAUAAUUCAACCAUGAAGCCACCUGAAUAAUAGUAAAAUUCAUAGGCAAGAGACUAACAAAUGGAUAGAGGGUCUAAUUUUAAAGUUGGAACAGAUAACAUUUCAUAUAAAUCAGAAAUGCAAUCCCAUUUUAAGAAUCCAUCAGGAUAACCGGCUUAGUUAUCAGAAAAAUUGUUAAAAGAUUUACGAUCAUCUCAUUUUGGUUUGAAUGAUAAUGUUAGUAAAAAUACCUUCAUGACUACAAAAUAAAUGGAAGCUUUGAAUCAACAAUCAGGACAACCAAAUAAGUUAGAUCCACAUGCUAGUGCCAAUUUAAGGUCUCAUCAUUUCAACCUUGGUUAGACAAAAGGAGAUUUAAUUUCAUAAACACAUGACAUACAUAGACCAUUAAUAGGAAAACCUAAUACAUUAAAUUAGUAGCAAGCCAACAAUCUAAGAAAACAUCAUUUUGCAUUAUCAUGA